AAUAAUUCAAGAUGGCCGACACAUUGGCCUAUUACCUUUUUGGUGAUUAAUACCUGGCUUUUGCCACUGGUGCGUAGAGUAGAUCUUACUAGUUCACCAUUCUCUGCUUUUGAAGCAAUUGUUAAGCGUGGGAGUUUUAACUCAAAGAAAGAUGGACCUUGACAGAGAAACAAACAUCGUAGAAAUACCUCGCCUGAACAUACAGUGGGAUUGGAAAGAGGCUCUGAGGUGUGUUGGAUAUAUACCAGUCAAUUCCAAGACCGUCCAUCUCCCCUCCAGGCAUAGCCCGGGCAUUUGACUGGAGUUUUGCUCCGUGCAGUGGGGAAUUUGACCCAAAUUGAGGCCUGCCCGGUCGAGCAUUUGACUUUCGUGUCAAAACGCUUGUCAGCUUCGCAGGCAAAAGCUUUCGUAAUUCUUUCCGCAUUCAGCAUGUGCACCGCGUUCUCGGGUCAUUGCUCCUAUAUUCAACGUUUUGGUAGAGCAUUUGAGAGCCUUUGAAAAAGCCCGUUUAAUGUGGACUUUCUAGAAUGAACAAUUUUAUUGAAAUUAACAAAUCUCCGUAGUCUCUAUGUGUUUGUAAUGGUAACAGGACUGUGUGGAGUCCAAUUCGGUCUGUAAUCCUACGAGUGAUUAACAAAAUCGGACGACCGCUUAGCGGGAGUCUGAUUUUUUUAAUCACGAGUAUGAUUAUUACUGACCAAAUUGGACGACGUGAAGUUCUGUUACCAAUUAAUCAUAACAUUAACAAAAUUUGUGAUAUAUAAGGCUCUUUUUAAAAUCAAAACACAAGAAAUUCCAAGAUUUGUUUUUGCUAGCAAUGUAAAAAACAGCCAUUUAAGCGCGCGCAUGAUGACGCGUACUGUCCAAUUACUUAGGCAUGACAUGUACUGUCCUAUUAAGGCUGAAAUCAGGCAGUUGAUAACCAGUUGUUAUAGUUAUGAUUAUAUAAUCACAUUUAAAUAUGAACGGUUUGAUGCAUGGGAAAAUUUUUGAAUAGUCGCUGGUGGGUAAGGGAUUUGUCACUUUUUGAAUCGUUAGCGGGUUGGGCACUUCACCAUCUAAACUGCCAACAUACAGGGAAAUUUGAACAAAAUUGUUUCAAAAAAGUCAAAUUCCUAGUGGGGGGUGGGUGAGCAUGGGCGGUUUUGGAAUUGACUGUUACAUUAGGUUAAAUUUGCCCUGGACGUGCAAAACACGUUGUAAGGAAAGAUGAAUAAAUAUGCCCCAACUAGGUUUAUUGAUAAACUAGGUUUAAUUUUGUAAAUUUGCUGUUGUCGAUAGAAAUCCUGGAGGAAAGGCUUGGAUCUCAUGUUCGUGGGCUAGUAAGUAUAUCUGAUUUUUUUCAAAUUUGUUUUUAAAACUUGUAAGCUAAUGUUAAGUCUGCAAUCUGAACAAAGCACGUAUAAUCCCUGGAUUCAGUGCAACAGAGGUCUUAAAAUCAAAUGUUCCUUGUCCUCGCUUGGGACUGCUUAGUGAAACACAGUCAUGUAACUUGUUGAGUUUGGGGUACCUCUACUAGCUUGAACUAAAAUCACGUUGAUUAUGAUCUGUCCAUCACAGUCCUGAAUUGGAAAGGAUAAAAUGUACUAGAGCUGGUAUUGCAAUCAGUUUCAGAUCUUUUGGAAAGCUGUUUUUAACUGAUCUGACUUUCCUUAAGAAGGGGAAAAGCUUUCAACUGGACUAGUUGGUGAAGAAACUAAUGAUUUACCAUUAGCUUAACUUUUGGUACUUCAGCAAGAUGAGAACCAAAAACCUAUUGUGAGUUUUCCUUGCUUACUCCCACUAUUUACAGUACUUUUCGUUAUAAAUACCAUUAAUCCUGUUCAUAAGUACCGGUAUACUUGUCCGUUUUUCUUGUCGCUAGAAUUAAGUGAUUAGCCCUCAUGGCUUUAAAAAAAAAUUAUCUUACAUGGUUGGCAGUCAAAAAACGCACGAAGAUAGACUACUGAAAGCCAAUUUCCACUAACAACAAAACAGGAUACUAGGCUCUUAAUGAUUUUAGUUUGUGAUUAGAGGAAAAAUUGUCUCGUAGAUCAGCCCACAGUUUAUGGUGAACUUGUAUCUCAUGAAAAUGUGGAUGGUGGUAACAGCGGCCCCUUAAGUAUCCAAGCUUCAGAUGGAUUUAUAGUUGAAACUGUUAACAAGGUUGGUAACUGUUAGAUUAAUUUUAUCUUGUUAUUUAUUGUGGUUAUCCAAGGUUAAUUCUCCCAUUUCAAUCGGAAAUCCUACCUCUCCUCACACACUCAUACAGUUUUCAGGAGGGGUAUCGGAAGGGUGCAAAGCCCAAUUUAGUAGCAAUCUUUUCAUAUUUUGGGUAAUCUUUCAUGUAGCUGGAAGUAACAUUUGUUACAUUUUUCAUUAUAUCACAGUGGGAAUUCUCAGACUGGGACAAGUUUUUUUGCACAUGGACCAAUACAAUUCAAGAAUUCAACUAUGCAACAGUUGAAAAAUUUAAAAACGUUUGAACUUACAUGUACCUGAUCUUUUGGGAAACAGCCCUCAAAUUUAUGAAUUUUGUUGAUCUGUUUGCAAAAGAAAGAAAAAUCCAGAAUUUUUUCGUCAAAAAAGUGUUGUGAUUGGACAAUCUUCUUCCGAGUGUCUCAGUUUGAGUCUCCGCACUAUAAGUCUAUAUUAUAUACUAUCAUGCUUCUAAUGGUUUCCAUAUUGGAACCCUUCUAUGAAGCACUUCACUUGAUUAGAAGGAUACUCAAUAAAGAUUAUUAUACUGUACUGCCAUGUAAUAACCCAAUUAAAGUUAAUGAUAGUUAAAGUUAAUAGUGGUUGCAAUAUUUUACAGGAAAAUUAUGUAUUCUAUCUUGUUCUCUAUUUUUAGAACAGUCUAACACUUUCAUAUUCAGAAAGCAGAUGUACCACAAAGUUUAUUUCACCAACUGCAGUUCUUGCAAAUGUCCACAAGAAAAGCGUAAGUUUUUGCCAUAAAUAAUUAAUGUAAAAUGAGACCACCACAAAUCUCCAUCAUGUUGAAAUUCUCAGUAACCUGCAAGAGUUCUGGUUACUUUACUGAGAAAAAAAAGACACUGUGGCAACAACAAAAAUCCCUUUUUUUGGCUAUACCUUCCUCUAUUCUCCUAAAAAAAAUUUAACAUCGCUCGAACUAGGUUUCAACUGCUUGAAACUUGUGAAAUACAUUAAAAACCUGGGAGAAAGAACCUGCAUUUUCCAAAGUUAGCGUAAAUGGGUUCUUAGUAUACAUAAAUGGUAAUUAGCCCAAAUCUUGGUAAUUAAGGUUCUUAGAUAGGUUCUUAUUUUCUGGAGGAAAAAAUAGACAUUGUAGCUCAGAACAUUAGUGGUAUUCAGCUUACUCCUUAUUUAAAAUCUGCAUACCAAUACACUGUACCUGGAGUGAUGAGGCACCUAAUGUAUAUGUCUCCAAAGAGGAGCCUGAAUGUUGACUGAUCUUAUUUGCCCAAGUGAACAAAAAAAAUUUUUUUUAUAGAUUUAAUAGAAAACAAGAACCUGUUUCAUAUUUCAGGCUGAAUAGGUUUUUUAGCCAAAAGUUAAAUAUCCCUCUUUUCAGAACAACCUCCAGACAGAGAACCUUUUUAUUACAGAACUUUUAUAUUGCUUUGGAACAAUUAAGAACCUUUUCUUACAUUUUUUUAACAUCUCUUAAGGAACCAGCUUUUAGAUAAGUUUUUGAAUGCUUCUUAGUUAAGUUUAAAUAGUAUUAGAAUUAGUAAUUAGCAUUGUAAUUAGUACUAAGUUGAGUGUUGUAAUUAGUUACAUGUAAUGCUUGUAGAUAAUGAUUGUUCCUGAAAAGCCCCUUUGGGGAGGAAACAAUAAAGUAUGUGUGUAUGUAUGUAUAGAUGGGGCCUAACUGGCAAAUUUUGGUCUAGCAGGUUGUUACUCCCAGCUUUUUAAGGUAUUCCUGAAGUGUUACAUGAAUGAAGGAAGUAGUCAAGGAAGUUGCAUCCAUACAUGUACAUGUACAUUGGCAUGCUUGAGCUUUUCUCAGCAUGUUUAUUAUUCCGAUGAAAGGUUUUUAUAUCUACUAUAGCAGGCAGGGAUGUUGGAUAAAUAAUGACCGAUUUCCCAAACUGAGUGCCAAAGGCAAAAGCUUCCAGGGGAGUUUAGGAGCAUACUCCCCCGGGAGAUUUUACGGUUAACUCCCUAAAGUCCUCUUUCCUGGGUUUUUCGAGUCAUUCAGACAGGAUAUUGGCUAGAUUUCAACUUGGAAAGUUUUUUUACUACUGAAAGUAUAUUUACUGUGGAAACUGGUGUGGAUCUGCGGCCAUAUAGUGUAGAAAACAUACAAAACAUAUGAAUGAAAUGAUAAUGUACAGUCAUGUCUAGUCAGGCAUACCUCCAAGAUGACAUUAACGUAUUCACAAUUGAACUGCCAGUAAAGCUCACGCAUUUCCUCUUCCUUUCCACUUGUGACACCAUCAUAUGUAAUGCUCAUAGACAACUUUGACACUUUAUGUGCAGGGGAAGAGAUCUGAAAUGGUGGUAUUUGUAGACACAGAUAUACACCGAAACUCGGUUUUUGUAGCGAAAGCUAAAUCGACGUUCAAUCCUGAGUGCUUCUGUGGAAGCUUGCCAGGAUGCUUCUUGCUUCUUUUUGGGGUUUUGAUGGAGUUUGACAACACCAUUUUGGGUUUACACUGUACUUUAAGCUUGUCUUUACAACGCUUUUGGGUAUGAUAAAUCCAUGUGGUAGCUGGCUUGCUGCACCGAUCCGAUUCACAGGUUCCUCGGAUUGUUUUUUUACGACUUUGUGUCCGCUAAAGAAGCGUCUUCUCUUAGAGCAGUGGUAGGGAAAUUACCUCUUCAACUAGCAGUGGCCCAUACUGGAACUCGUCAACUUGAAAAUAUCGGGAAUUUUAGCCACAACAAACUCAGAAGACUACUGCGAAACCUCAAAUGCUAAGAGGAGUGUAUAAAGCAAACAUAUCAGACAUUUCACGGUGAGAAUCUCUAGGCGUUUUCCCUUCUACACGGAUCUAGAGUUACAAUGCAGCUUCAUCAAACGAAGAAUGAUACUCGCAGUUGUGAACGUAAAUUUAUGCAAUUGCGCAAGAAGCGGUUUGUCACAGUGCAACUUCAGUUUAAUAUGUUACAUUCUUUAAGCGGCAUAGGACAACGGAAGAGUAUAUACAGUCAUCUGAUGAACUAGCGCUGGCACUUUUGCGAUCGAAGAGCAGUUUCGUUAAAUGGGACAAAAAUUGAAAGCAGAUUGAAACGCCAAUCUAAAGGGAGCUAAGAAAGGGAACUUACAGAGCGCUAAAAAAUGGUAAGAGUUUGUGUAGAGGUUAUAAUCAUUUUGUGAAGAUUUGUUUUGAUAAUUAAGGACGAAUAGGUAGCAAGUCAGGUACGUAGAUGGUAUUCAAAUAAUAUCACAAUCAAGACAAUCUUUCAAUCGUAAUCCAAAACAAUCUUGGAUUCUGGAUUUACUCUAUGGACUCUGGAUUCUAGGUACUGGAUUAGGGAUUCCGGAUUCUGGCGUCCUUGUCAAUGGAACUUGGAUUCUGGAUUCCAAUCGUUCGGGGUAUUCCGGAUUCCCUGAGCUCAAUUCAACAAGCAAAUCCACAAUGCUGAUUUUCCUACAUAGGGCAACACACUUCAUGCUUUUUAACAUUCUUCUUGUAGCACUUAAUACUUGUUUGCCGUAGAAUUCUGAUUACUCUGUUUCUUUUCAUACAAGACCACAAUUAUGAACUGAAGCACACACUACCAACUCCGCGGUAUGGCCAGUUGUGCAUGCAUAAGGUACUGGCCAUACCGCGGAGUUGGUAGUGUGUGCCUCAGUUCACAUUGUGGUCUUGUCUUUCAAUACAGCCUUAGGUAGACUUAGGUAAAACGACCUUGGAUAGAGUACAGUUUGGCUUUCCUCUUCUGCUUUUUGUGCGUCGACUAACAUAAAUGUGUUAGUAGAGCGUUUUAUGAUUUUAGUAGGAGGUCAGGUCUUGUUUUCAGUUUUGCUAAACAAUGAGGUUUCAAAUGUAUGCUAAUGUCCGAAACGCUUUUGUCUACAGAAAUAUCAAUGUUUUCGUAAAUUUUCUUCUACUUCAUUCUGGAUGCCUUACAUCAUAGUAAUCGGUGAAAUUUUCCCUUCUGAAAAACGCUAUUCCAAAACGUAACCAACACUCUGGUAAGUAGGUUCGGGCCUCCUUAAAGAGAUCUAACUAAAUGUGUAAAAAUCAAAACUCUUCUUUUUAGCCCCGGCUGAUACCCUGGUACACAAGUUGUCACUUUUUAUCUUUAGUCAGCUGCCUGUAGCUGCCGAUCUUCAUUUAGCUAAGAAAACAAACCAUACGAAAAUCAAGACAAUGUUACACAGGAGUGAUUAUUUUAUCACAUUUUUCUUCACAUGGCUGUUUCAGCUGCUUGCAGUUAACAAUUUCUAUUACGUACAAAAAAACAAAGUCAAGGUGAUUAAGUUGCAGAAAAUAAUGAAAGGAUCAGAAUUCUUUACAAUUCUUUACAAUUUCUAUUACGCACAAAAAAACAAAGUCAAGUUGAUCAAGUUUCAGAAAAUAAUGAAAGGAUCCGAAUUCUUUAUAGCUGCUAUUACUGUGCCAUACUGCUCAUAAGAGAUGUUUAAACUUUGGGUGUUCAUCCGUACGUUUCAAUUUUACUCGUUUUCUCAGUAAAAGUAAUCUCAAGUAAUUAUCUUCAUCUUGCAUCUCCCUUUAUUUUGCUAAAACGUGAACACAUCCACUCAAUAAUAGAUGACAUGAUUAAUAGUAUGUCAAUUUCUCCUAAGUGUCCCAAAGAGCGCACUUAUUUCACCCAACAAUUGUUGGCUUCCCACUGGAAGCGAAGUUAGUUUCAAGUAAGCACUUGAUUCAAGUGCACUUGGAAAUCUUAAGUCGCUCUGUAGAAAACAUCUUCACACUUGUUGACAAAGUAUAUUACUUGAAGUAAAAGCUGUCAAUCUCUCCGUUCAUUAGAAUCUUGGAACCGCUGCACGUGCACAUCGUGCACAUGGCUUCCAUUUCUUAUUGGUCAAGUGUGCUCUCAAGUGUGGUGUAGCCGAUACUUGGCGGCAAACUUCGGCUUCUUUGACAACGAUCGUUUCCAUGCUCACCAAGUUAAGCUGAAGUAGGUACAUCAAAUUUUACCCCUUCACACUCAAAGGAGGUUCUAAGUACACUUGCAUUAUACUUGAAGCCCUAGUGUGAAGCCAACAAAUUUCCCACGCAUCAGAGCUGUACAGAGUAGCUGUAAGAACUUGUAUCUCCGAGAAAGAAAGAAUGAUAAUGAUAAAAAAAAAAAAAAAAAGGAAGACAGGACAAACAAGAAAAGAAAACUUAAGAGGAAAAUUAAACCUUUGAAAAAAGAGAAAGGAAUCUACUUCUCAUAACAUAUAUAACAGCGAUAUGUUUAUGAAAACGAGAUCAGAUUUAAACUCAUUAAACAAUGUCAUAAUCCCAGGUCCUCACUGAGUCCGUUCCACAUAGUUGCUGAUGCAUAUCCAAAGGAGUGUAAACAAUGAGUCGUACGUAUCUAACAACAAGUUUGUUUGAUCCCCAUAGGCUAUAAGAAGUAUUAUUCGAAACAGACUGCUUAUGAUAUAUUUCGUCAUCGUGUCAACAUGGAUUGCAUAAUUACAUAAUGUACAUAAUUUAUAAUUACAUAAUUACAUAAUUGCAUAAUUACAUAAUUUUAUACAGUUUGUCCAGCUGUGAAAGGUUUGAACCCAGGAGUCAUUUCAAAAGUAGGUUGAGUAUGAUCGUCCGGGUGAAUGUAGUCCUGAAUUGGACUGUUGUUGUUGACAAUGACUGAGAUUUCGAUAACCUGUGCGGUGGUCAUUUUCAAAGCAAAGUGAGUUGUAUCACGUCAGUUGAUAGUAUUUGACUCUGGUUAUUGACCUGAUUGGUCAAUUAAGUCGUGAUGUUAUUUGCUAUGAAGACUCGUAAUGUCAUUGGUGCGUUUCGAUCCGUCUUAACAUAUAAUGGAUUCCGAUUGGCUAAGUGGGUGUCACUAUCCUUCAAUUGAGUGUAAAUUAUUUGUGAGAUAAAAACAUUCAUCAAAGCAAUAGUCACUCUAGUAUCACGAUCUUUUUCAUUUCUCGUAAGGAUCACACUAUUUUGACCAAGUUUCGGGUGAGGUAUUCCAUUGCGUAGCAUCAAGGUACUUUAAAAGCCUCGCUUAAUUUAAGGUAAUUUGUUCGCGGCUCUUUAACUACUAGAUAAGUUUCAGAAUGUGUUAAAUGAUAACGUUUUCCUUUUUGCAGUCUUUAGUGUUUAUAAAGUAAAUAGUCAAGUGCACACAAAAAGAUUUCAGUCGUUAAAAGGAAUCAAGGACACCCAACGACCGAACGUUUCCAAAUACUUCAAGAGAAAGAAAUGGUUUUCUCUUGGUUAAUUUGGAGCUACCCUGAAAAACUACUUAUCUGUUCGGAUGUCUAAGGGGAACUUUGGUCGUCACAAAAGUCUCAGGUGGCUUUUUCGUGUCAUCCGAAACCGUUAUCUGCCCUGAUGUGUCCGGUCGAAAGUUCGGGGACGUUGAAUAGCCGUACUUUCAUUAGAAAAUUCUACGGGAGUUUUUGUCUUUAUGUUUAUAUCAAAAUUUUCAGGAGACCGUUUUUUAACAAUAAUCGCAAUAUCAUGGUCAUGAAAAUCGUGUUAAAAACACAACCUCCGAAAUUCGUGGGUAAGUUAGUAGAACAACUCCGAAUAUCUUCGAAUUAGCAUAAUGGCGGUUGGUGAUGCUUUUGUGGUCUCUGCAUUUCUGCUAAACUUUCUCCUUGUUAACAGUGUAUUAUGUCCGAACUUUUAUUGCCUUUAUUCGUGUCUGAAAGGACAACGUUUUCUAGCCAUGGUUGGUAAGCAAUUUGGAUGCGUUGAAGAAUUUGAUUUGUCUUACUUGUCGCUUGUGGAUAAUGUGAAGAUUGAGGCGCAAAUUGACAUAUUGUCACUCCCAGGGGUAACACUUUUACCUCUUCUCUUUUCACCGAGAACAAUAGAUCCUUUUUGCAUGACGUCACGGCGACCAUAUUUGUGUACAAAACAAUGAAUCGGCGGCCAUGUUUGUGUACAAAAAUAAUCCUGUGGGAAUUGAACUCUUUUCACACGUUAAAACUUUCUUUUUUUCCAAGCAAUUUGCAAAGCUGCUGACCACGUGACUGAAAACGAUCUAUACCUGCUGUAUAGGCGCUGAAAAUAGCGACGAAUACAUACGUGGUGAAGCAGAAAUUUACCAGAAAUAGAGUUUCGUGCUAUGCCAAUUCGUUGUCUACCAGAAGAAUCCUGCUUCUAGGCGGAGAUGUGGAAACAAAUCCUGGUUGGGAAGAUUCAUCUCGUGAGAAACCCGACUACUUGCAAGGUUUUGCUAGAACGGUCAGACAUGCAUCCAACAAUUUAAAUGUUGCCUACUUAAAUAACCGUAGCCUCAGCAACAAGCAGGAUGAAGUGAGAAUGUUGCUUCGUCUCUGCCGUGUUGAUAUUCUUGCAACAAAAGGUGGAUAG